AUGUCAGAGCCCGAAGACGAGAGUGUGGAGAGCAAGACUGACUGGAAAAUGAGGAUGGCUCAAUUGGCAGAGUAUCCGACUGAGGGUGACGUGUUUGAAUGUAUGAGGUUCCUUGAGGUUCUAAAGCACCUGUGGCUCAGCAACGAGGGGGAAAUGAUCGAACAUGAGCUGCAUGGUGAUUACCUAGCCUCAAUCAGCCCAGAAGAGUGCGCACAAGAGCAAUUUGUACAUGUAUAUGGCAGUGGUCAUCUGUCGUCACAAAUCACCAAGCAAGCACCCUACAAAUUCCAGGUCAACAGACUGUGGUACAAUGAGAAUAAAGACAAAAGUGAGCUAGCUUCUUACCAUUUGGAGGACUGGGAGAGCUACAACAAUCCCGAGGGGUUUGGGAGCCGAGCACCCCAAGCGGGGUCAAGCGAGACUCAUGGAGACAAGGGGAAUGGCAAGAGAAGUGGCGAGAAGGCUGUGAAUGAGGGAGCACAAGGGGAAUGA